AUGCAAAGGAGGAAAAGACUUCACACAGUUUUACAAACUUAUUAUAUUACUAACUGGAUUUGCGUAAAACCGAAGGUUUUCCCCCCUCCUCCCUUCAGUUCUAAGUGGAAGUUUCUCAUCAACAAGAAAAACUUUUCCGUUUUUUCGAAGCUCGCAGAAUCGUCCCUCCAAUAUGGAACUGGAAAGGAUGUUGAUGCCACCAGGGGGGAUAUCCAAAAGGGCGAAACAGAAAAAGUUAUAACCCCAAAUGGGGAGGCACCUUCAGAUGGCGUUAAUGGAAGGACUCACAAUGCCCCUCCACAACUAUGCGAAAAUACCCAAUGUGGUCAUACGUCUGAUGUGAAUGUGAGCCAAGGAGUGACUGACGGUCUUGCUGGGGUGAUAUUCAGCUCCAUGGGGGAGGAGCUGCACAUAGGACCAAAUGUAAACUCAGGAGAUAUUGCUAAGGUGGAAGAAUUGAGCAAGACGACAGCUCCCAUGGAACCAAGCGAGAAGAACACUGAGGACAGUGUAAAUGGAAAAAAAAAAAAAAAAACAAAGAAAAAAAAUGCACCAAGGGGAAAGGUAAAAUCGACAAAUGAUGGGACGCAACACGAGGAGACGCUGAGGGGAGAACCCCCGAAUUGCAUCCCCCCCAUGGAGGAAAAAAAAAAAAAAAAAAAAAAAAAAAAUCAGAAUGCAAAGGAAAAGCAAAGUAAGAAAAAAAAAGAAAACUGUCAAAAUGAAGAAAUGAAGGUAACCGCCCCAAUGGAGAACGAACAAACGAUUCAGAGGGACACAGAAAAUACCCCCGAAAAGGCAACCCAAGAGAAUGAAGGCGAAAAUUUUGUCAGCAAAAAGUUUAGUAAGGAAGACUACUACAGAAAAUUUGAAUUGAUAUGUCAAAACAGUAAUAUCAUCAUGGAGAAAAUAAACCGAGUGAAGGACAUCUGCACAUUUGUCCAAAAGCAUAUGUCGUCUCUACAUUUUGGAAACAUCUACGCAUACAAUAAUUUACUGUACGAAAUUUACGACAAGUUCGUAGAUGGGGAUAUUAAGAAGGUAAAAAAACUAAUAAAGAAUUAUAGAAAGUUGGUAAAGAAAAAUCUUCAACGAAAAAUAAAAUACUUUGAGGCGUUUCACAAAAUUUGUCCAGAGGAAUACAACCAUGUGCUGACGUGUUUGUUUAUUCAAUCCAUUGAUAUAUUAAAGGAUGAAGACAUUAGUCACACGUUUAAUUAUGACCAAGUCAUAUGUACCAGUAGGGAUACUGAGGGGGGGGUAGCAGAACUUCCCGGGGAGGAGGAAGAAGUAGAAGCCUUCUCAAAUAUGGAAAGAAAUGUUGACAAGGGAGAAGCGGGGGAUGGUACAUUGUUUUGCGCGGAGAAUGCUGACACGGUUGGCAAUGCGGGUGGCGACGGUGACCAAGGGGAAUCGGCGGGGAAAAACGUUCCACGGGCGAAUUAUCAGCAAAGACAGUUCAACCCCAGUAACAAAAUUAUGUACGAAAUGGAUGUGCACUUUGAUGAGGGAGAAGCGGAAGAAAUGACUUUUCCUGGAGAAGGGAGCCUCCCCCGUGACAUGCACGACGAGGCCAAUAUCACGCACAGUAUUAACGAAAAGAACUUCAUCAUUGUCUACAACCUUCCCAUUAUCAACUACAACCUGCUAGAAGCGGAAUUGAAGGAAACCUUCUCCUUCUGCGGCGAAAUAAAGAGCAUGGAAUUUUUCAGUGAUCGCCUUAAAACGGUGGACAUAAACGCACUAAAUGAUGAAGUAGAAAUAGGGAGUUCUCAAAAUGUACCAUCUACUAAAAGUAAGAAAAAUGGAAGUAAACAAAGUGGAAACGGAAAGGGAGGGAAAAGCAACCAACCUAGAUGCAGCACUGGGAACAAAAUUCAAAAUUCAUUUAAUCUGAAUAGCUACACGCAGCUGUAUGCCAUUAUAGAAUUCUUUGACGAAAAAUCCGCAAAUCUAGCGACUAGCGAAUUUCUGAGAAUUUUUGGAAUUUUCUGUUUCAACAAAUUAGUGUAUGUAGAUAAAUGUGUAAAUAAAAACAUCAUGAUAAUAACGCACCUGCCUUUUCACUUGAAUAUUUACAAUAUAUUUUACUUGCUAUUAAAUGCGUCUCUACUCAAAUUGGAUGUACUAAAUGGAGGCGCAAAGGGGAAAGGUGCCCCCAAAUUAAGCGUCUCCAUGGGUGAGAACUGCGGUGAGAAGGAUAAGUUACUGGACCAAAGUACCAACCCAGGCGUACCUUCAGAUGGUAACAAACAAAUAUCUUCGAAAAACAGAAAAAGGAGGUGCGAAAUUUCCCUCAGAAACAGCAACAUCCGCAUUGAAAGCUGCGACUCUAUUUUUGGUGAGACACCUAGAAUGAGCAACCGAGAUGUGUAUGAUUAUAUAUGCGAAAUUUCUAAAAAGAACUUUCUACAGUUUAAGAAAAAAAAAAAUAUCAAAUUGGAAGCAUGGACAAAUGAUGAUGACAGUGGCACGGAAGGAAAGAACAAUAACUUCGAGUCAUUUGCCGAUUUUUAUCAAAAUCAAAAUAAAAAAAUGAAGACGAAAAAAGUGAAUAUUCAUAACAAUGGAAGAAUUUUAAUUCUUCACUUUGACAGCUUUACAUAUAUGUAUGAUUGCUUGAAAAAAUUUAAGCAUAUUUUCGGCAAAAAAAACCAUAUGAUUUUUUCGGUCAAUUUGAGGAGGUGCAUUUAUCGGAAUGGUGCAAUUAGGGAUUGUGUGCAGGUUAAGGAUGGCAGAAUUGGGAGGGGCCUUAACUUGGAGACCAAGUCGUCAGCAGGAUGA